GCUGAGUAUUAGUUUCUGUUUGAGGAUGUCCUUGAUUUAACCCAGGUGUCUUUGGUUUAGUUUAAUUAUGUUGGGUAUUUAAACCCCUCGGGUGCACGCGCACUUCACUGGAGUAUUAUUAUUUGUAACAUAGAUGCCCGUGUGAGAGUUUUCAGUGUUAACGGUGUAGGAUAUAGGUUUAGCAUGCUAAGCGGUCUUUGUUGUCAUGUCCGGUUUCCUGCCUCGAUUCUAGUCUCAUGUUUACUCACUAGUUCCGUAUAGACCGCGCUGCCUGUGGUUUGUUUGUUUGUUUGGGUUAUUAAUAAAGACAGCGCUCCUGUGCUUACUUCCAACUCAUUAUCCUGUGUCGGGUGCAACAACAAAACAAACGAUUGUUUAGAUUUCUGCAUCACACCCCGCCAAUCCCGAUCCCAAUACUUUCUUUUGGCACAAACUUUUACAAUUGCCGUAAAUCAUAAAUUUGCAAAUUUCCAGUUUGUGCACUUUAAUUAUUAUUAUUAAAAUCACUACAUUUAUGGCAUUUGGCAGACACCUUCAUCCAGAGCGACUUACAUUUAUUUCAUUUAUACAUCUGAGCAAUUAGGGGUUAGGGCCUUGCUCAGGGGCCCCAACAGUGGUGCCUUGGUGGUUAUGGGGUUGAGCUCAUGACCUUCUGAUCAACAGCCCAAUGUCUUAACCACAGAGCCACCACUGUUAACAAGCACUGAUCAAACACUGAUCAAGCACUGUGCAGUAAAAUACGUUUAUACCCUAGAGGUGUGAUUAAACAAGUCAAGCCAAUCCAUUUCCUUCUUUCAACUGUAAAGAAAAAAGCUCUUCAAAUGACAGAAUGUUAUUUUUCUUGCUGUCUUGCUUGGUAGAGUUCAUCAGGUACCAAACUGUGGUCUCGGAGCUGGUUGAGGAAGGUGAGCGGUUCAUCUAUGCAAGAAAUCUGCGCCUUGUUCAAGUGGAAAAACUUAAUCAGCUCCUCCGGCGGUGUGAAAUCCAACUGAAUAGAUAUUCGGUCACUGAACAUCUUUCUACUCUAUAAAACAAAAUGACAUUUUUUUCUGAGUUACUAAAUGUACAAUAAAGCACAUAUUAAUCAACAGAAAAGACCAGUUGUUCUAAUUACUUACUUUUUAUGCAGGUAAAACACUUCUCCGGUAUCCUGAACAGGGCAAUGAUUGUUGUCGAAAAAACCUGAAAGAGUUGUGCAACCUGAAAGAGUCUCUGUAAUAUGAACCUAAGCUAAUAAAGAUGAAAAGUAAGAACAGAAGGUAGAAAGGUGGGUAUGAGAUUUUGGACUGGGUGGAGAAGCCGGGAGGUGGUGUAUAAAGCAGUUUUGGAGGUGUGUGUCUCAGGAUCACAUCCUUCAGAAAUAUCCUUUUCUGCGCUCACUCCAGACCAGCUUAGGAGAGAUGUGUAUUUUGUCCGGCGGCGUCUGGUUCACCCCAGGUGACUUUGAGAGAUUUUCAGGAAGGGAAAAAAGCAAGAACUGGAAACUCACCAUCCGCUGCGAAAACAUUACACUGCAUGAACUUAUACAGGUUAACUUUCACUAUCUCUCAGAUCUUCAGUCAGCGCCACUCAGUCCUCUUCAGGAUCACAAAGCCCUACCAUUAAAGAGAAUAAAGAAGGAGGAUAUUUGGACAUUGGAUUGUGAUAAGAAUCAGCUUCCUGUUACCUGUGGAGGUAAAGAGGGCACACUGUAUCGUGACAAGCUUGCCAGAGGAGAGAAGUGUAUUUUGUCCCGGGACCGCUGGUUCACCCCAUGUGACUUUGAGAGAUUUUCAGGAAAGGGAAAUAGCAGGAAAUGGAAACAUACCAUCUCCUGUCAAAACACUACACUGCAUAAACUUAUACAGGACGGUCAUUUGCAGUGUCCACGCACUUACAGAGUCUAUGGUCGGAAGAACAAGACAUUUUCUUCUAGCUGUGUGGAAAGCUCCAGCCCUCAGUUAGCAUCCAUUGUGGAGACAAAUGAAUCCAGUGAAGACCAUGAAAAGUGGAUAGAGGAAGAGGACAAUGAACAAGAAGAAGAAGAGGAAGAAGACAGCGAGAAGGUGGAUUUGUCUGAAUUUCAGGCUUUUGCUUUAUCAGUCAGCUGUGGUUGUGUCAGUGGGUUUUUAUAUAAAGACAGAUUUGCAGGGUCACGGAGUAAGAGUAUCCGCACAGAGGAGCGCUGGUUCACUCCUGAGGAGUUUGUAAUGCAGGAGUUAACUCUGACAGACGGACACUGGAAGGAAGACAUACUGUGUCACGGCAAAACCCUUAACUACCUGGUGAAGGAGUGUCAGUAA